AGUUUAGAGAGCUGCAGACCGCGGAUAAGAGACGACAUAUGCGACAUCAGAGGGGAAAAUCGUCUAGCGUGUGGUACGUGUUUCUGUUUCGUAGCGAGACAUGAACUUGGAAUCGUGAAGGGGCGUGCGAAACGGCGGCAGUGAAAUAAUUUUUUUGUUUAAAAAAAAUGAGAGUGAAAAAAGAAAAAAUCAUGUCUGUGGAUCGCACGGUGUCUACUUUCUCCCAAAAUGGUAUCGCGAUAUAUCCGUGGGCGGUGCCAUCUGGGCUUCCAAUCUCAUCUCUGCGUUUUGGCUGAAAUAGUGGGCCUCCUGUGGCACGCGCUGCACAUUUUAGGUCUCUCGACUCAUCCCUCCUCUCCGGUUAGGAUUCCCUCUCCUCUCUUUUCUCCCUUUCAGAGAUGGGGAGACGGGCGGCCAGCGAACUACGACGCCGUCUUCCAUACACACACACACACACACACACACACACACACACACACACACACACACACACACACACACACACACACACACACAUAUACACACACACUCUCCAUCGUAGAUUGUCUUAAAACCGCUAGCAGGACUAGUGGUAGGAUCCCUCUUGUGUAGGUGUGUCAGGGGAAAUUUAGCUCUCGGCGAUCGCGGGUUUGCUAUCUGCGUCCCAACUUGCCUAUCAGACUGAAAGGCAGCCCUGCAUUUUACAGGCGGGAAGACAAGACUUGCU